UUAGUCACGUCUGCAAGUGCCGAGUAUGAUGCUACAUUCAAGCCUUCGGGGAAAAAUACGUGAAUCUAAGACGUCCUGGAAAUACACUUAAUUGCAGCUUUCUGAUGUCCCUAUAUUGUUGCCCAGCGGAAAUCCAUGUCCUUCACAAAGCUUUCAGGAGUUAUACUAUUGCAUUAUAUUGUAGUUACGUUGGGAAUUAACGUUUUGUGAGAAUAGAAGUCGCUAGCGUGGCACGGCACUGCGUUCGUUGUGAUAAAUCAACUCAACCGUGUCAAUGGGCGGUUGUAAUCCAUUUUGAUGAUCUAGGUUUGUUUUUGUUUUUUAGAGAGGAACACGACAAUUAUUCUUAUGUCCGCUUCUUGACGCCAUCAGGUGGCCCAGAUUAAAGUCUUCCCACAGGUCUGGAAUGCAGCGUGCGCCCUCCCUCGGAACUGCGCAUGCGCACAACAUGUUGUAAACAAUGAGUCUAUUCCAGACCGUCUCCAGCUUUGUGUCUAUCCCACAGUAUAUCGGUGCAAAUUUAACAACGGGUUCCCCCUGCUCCGUGUAUAUAAAUAACAAUGUUCAUUGGGAGUUGAAGCAUGGAGGUGGUUCUGAGCAGGCUAAGGGGGCUGAGUGACGAUGAACUGCGCACAGAGUUUGCCCGAGCAGACCUCAAGUGUGGUCCCAUUACCACCACCACUCGAGCCACCUUUGAGAGGAAGCUAGCUCGAGUCCUGGCCGGGCCAGAGGGCAGCGUCGCUGAAACGGACAACAGCUCGUCAGCGGGGGCCUCCAACGCAGACUAUGCCAAACCUGUGUCAUAUGCCACGUCAGCAGCGGCCCCCACCACCACCACUGCUGGUGCAACGUGCAGCAACCUCGCUGAGGGACCCGGCGAAGAGUUGGACUUUGGUUACGGUGUGGGUCUCAACCCUCCAGAGGAAGAGGAGAUCUCCGUAAACACGUCCCCAAAUAGCGCUGCAGAAGGCAAAACGGAAACCCCUUCCAAGUCCACGCAAGUGUCCCCAGCCUCUUAUUUUGGAGUGUGUCCACUUUGGGAAGAUGUUUUGGCUAGAAAUGAGAGAGCCCACGUGUACACAGAUAAGAAAGAUGCCCUUCAAGCGGUCAAGACCAUGAAGGGAGCCCGCUUCAAAGCCUUCCCCAACCGCGAGGAUGCUGAGAGGUUUGCGAAAGGGAUCUGUGACUAUUUUCCCUCCCCCAACAAAUCUACACCAUGUGUAUCUCCUGUCAAACCAGGCCUGGUCAUUAGUAAAGACAACAUGGAGGUUGAUGCCAUCAACCGGGAGCGGGCCAACAGUUUCAAGAGCCCACGCACCCAAGACCUGACGGCCAAACUGAGGAAAGCUGUGGAGAAAGGUGACGAGGUGACCUUCAAAGACCUGGUCUGGAGCAACCCUCGCUAUCUCAUUGGCUCAGGGGAUAAUCCCACUAUUGUGCAGGAGGGCUGCCGGUAUAACGUAAUGCACGUGGCAUCAAAGGAGAACCAGGCAGGAAUCGCUCAGCUGCUGCUGGACACGUUGGAGAACCCAGAGUUCAUGCGCCUCAUGUAUCCAGACGACAAGGAAGUCAUGCUGCAGAAACGAAUCCGCUACAUUGUAGAUCUUUACCUCAACACUCCAGAUAAGGCUGGCUUUGAAACGCCGCUCCACUUUGCCUGUAAGUUCGGCUGCCCGGACGUGGUCAACGUCCUGUGCUCGCAUCCCGACAGCGAUAAGACCUGUAAGAACAAGAACGGCCAGAAGCCCUGUGAUCUCAUUUGUAGCAGAAAAAAUAAAACCCAAGAAGUGAAGCAGAAAAUAAGUGAAUAUUUGGAGGACCGAUGCUAUAUCCCUUUGCUGAGGGCCACCGACAACACCUCUCAGCCCGUCAUUGGCGGCUUGUGGUCUCCGGAGUCCUCAGAAAGUCUCUCGCUGACGCAGCGGCAGGCGAGAAGCCCAAUGGAUCCUGUGAUGACUGUCGCAGCCUUCGCUGGCCCACUGAGUCCUUCCAAAGCAGAUGAUUUCCGGCGGUCCUGGAAGACGCCACCCAGAGACCGGGCGGAGCGUUUUCGCCAGAUCCUGAAGUCUGAUCCCGACCGAGGAGUAGAGCGAGUGGGCAGAGACCUGGCACAUGAGAUGGGACACCCAUGGGCCGAGUACUGGGACUUUCUCGACAGUUUUGUGGAUCUCUCGUCAACCGAGGGGCUCCGCAAGCUGGACGAGUACCUCAGCAGAAAGGAUUUCAGCCCCCGGACUCACGGAGAGGCCGGAGAGAACGAGACCAGCAACCGCUUCAGAACGCCCUCUCCAGGCAAGCUCAAAAAGUUCUGCAACUCCAUCUCCGUUGGUGCCUUUCUUGACGAGGGCGACGACAUCAGCCUGGAGGAGAUGAAGAACCGGCAGAACGCAGCGCUCACCAGCAUCACGUCCUGCGCUGCGUCCAAGGACUGCCUGAAGGGAGCGGCGGGCGGCCACGAGUUCCACAUCCUGCCCAUGGCGCUGCACCACCGCGGGGCCGACCUGAUCGAGACGGCGGCGGAGCAGGACCCGCUGAGCUGCUGCGACGCCGGCCUGCUGACACACGGCAUCGUCUGCAAGAACGGGCUUUGCUCCUCCUCCAGAGACGGGAGCCACAACGGAGACAAGGCGACUUCUCGCACCUCUCCGUCCUCCUCCUGCCUGCUGUCGCCCAUCUCCAAUCUCAUGGCGGAGUUCGAGCGCAUGUCUCUGCAGGAGCCGCUGGGCGACUGCAGGGAGCGGCGCAGCAGCGGCGGGAGCUCCCGCUGCUCCUCCUCCUCCUCUGCCCCCUCGGCAGCGGAGCUCAGCGGCGGGCUGAACCGCCUGUCUCUCAGUCACAGCGGUCAGGAUGAGGAGAGCGCGGAGGGGCCGGGCCGGAGAACCGAGGGAGGCGGGACGGAGGAGAGGCGCAUCAGCGGCAGCUCAGAGGAGUACUUUGAAGCAGAGGAGAGCCUGGAGGUGUUGGGCAGGACUAGGGGUUCGCCGUCAGGGGGGCGCAACUUCUGCGCUCGGUCCAAGUCGUGGGACCAUGGGGGGAGGGACCUCAGCAGCUCGGGGUCCUCCGGGUCCUCCUACAAGUCCUUGGAGAACUCCAAUGAGUUCCUCCCCAGGACCCCGCCGCAUCAUUGGAGAGGACUUUUCAUCGAGGGGGAUUCACCCUCCAGGUUGGACAGAGAGGUCAUGUUGGCAAUAGACGGUUCAGACCUCGAUCCCCUGAAGUAUCCCAGCAUUCACAAGUGGAAGAGCACAAUGAAGUCCUACUCUGCGUCCGACAUGCUGAGCUGGCCCAGCCCUGCGAUGGCAAAACCGCGCCUCAGGACGCCGCAGCAGACUCUCGGGUCCCCGGUCGCUGGUCAGAUGUCUCCCACCGGUCGCUUCAGUCCCGCCCGGCACGCCGCCUCGCCGGACUUCAGCCCCAGCCGUUACAGCCCCGCCAACGCCAGCUACAUCCAGCGCAUCCGCCUCAAGCACUUGAACGGGCCGGCGGUCUGACCGACCACUUUGCCCCACCGCCGGCCUCUCCGUCCCACUGAACAUCCAGCUGCACCGAGGUGGCUACAACCCCUAUACCCAACAGAAAUAUGCACAAGCUCUGGAAGAUUUGUAUUGGUGAUGUACGGUACUGUUCUUAUGUAAUACAGGAAUUCUCAACACGUUGUGAUGUACACCCAAAAAAAGAACGUGAUAAUUUAUGUACUGUACGAAUGUGGGCCACGUUGAAUUGACGGUAAUGUUAUUUGUGGGAAGUGUGAAGCACCUGUAACAUAGUAUGAACACAAGCCGCUCUCCCCACAGUUCGCUCAUCCUCAACAGAAUUCUGUCACUGAGGAUGUUCUUUUAAAAAAAAAAAAAAAGGUAAAUUGUCAAUAUUUUAAAAAGUUAUUUUUUUGUAUGUUGGUCAGUAGCACAAAAAAUGUAAUGUUUUUAUUAAUGGUGUUAAAACCGACUGCCGUUUCCUAUGUUUUCCUCAGUUCAGGAAUUGCCUUAAUUUUCUGACGGGAGUUUGGACGCUCUCUCUAGCUCAUUGGUGAAAUAUCUGGAAAUGGUCAUUCAGAUGAUUAGGGAAAAACAUGGUAAUAAACUGAUUAGGCUGAAACCUUCCAUGUUUUUAUUUUUCUUCAAUAAAUACAUACAUUUUCCAUCUUU